ACCUAUCAGCUGUCACUUGUGAAAUUUGAUCAAAAUCUUUUCGAAGAAUCGCUUAAAAUUAUAUCAAUCCUCUUGCCUUUCCAAGAGAAGUUUUCAAAAUUGUUCUUUUCUAUUACCAAACAUAGUAACAUUCCCAAAUUGCGAAUUAUUCAAAAUUUCUAAAUCCUAUUACAUAUUUCGGACGUUAUCCAUCCCCCGCAGAGCAAUCGUCUAAGCCCAUAGACAGCAGAACUUCUCCCUAACAUCGACACGAUGGAUAUCAUCUUUUCAACUGACACCCUAUGAUACCCAAUGGCAUUGUGCUUUGUUUUCCAUGAAAAUCAUUCUUAUUAUUGUUGUGUUGCCGCUGCUGCUGACCCUCAACUAAGGUCAACAUGAUAUUGCGCGAGAACGAAUUCUCGCACAUUUUCACCGAUGGCGAAAAUACACUCUUAGGCUACGAGUCAAAUCAGUUGGCAUCGAAUAAACCUGUCGAGGAUUCUCGGACCGAAGCUAGUUUCAUUCAUAAGAACGCCUUUAUUUGUGGUAUCUUUGAUGGCCACGCUGGUUCUGCAUGCUCACAAGUUAUCUCCAAAAGACUGUUGCGUUACAUCGCCGCUGGUUUGGUGGAUCGUAAAACGCUGCGUGAGGAGAUAGCCAAAGGCUGCACUAGUCAAUCAUUUCUUAAGUGUCACAAUGAUUCGGAAGACUUUGUGAAAGAAAUUCAAAAAAUAUAUGAGGAGAGCUUUUCACGAUAUGUGAACGAUAUCGCCAACACAGAAAUGACUCCCGAAGAGGCUAUGGACAAAGCGUGCCUGCAGCUGGACUCUGAUAUGUCCGAUGAAGCCCUCAAACACAGUGACUUGCGGACAAUCAUGGCUGUGGCUAUGUCAGGUGCUGUUGCUUGUGUAGCCCACAUUGAAGGACGUGACCUCAGUGUGGUCAGUACCGGAGAUUGUGCUGCCGUCCUCGGCUACCAAAACGAUACCGGUCAAUGGAUGUCAAAAAAACUCUCCUACGAACACAAUACGGACAAUGUGGCUGAAGUCAAACGAAUCCUGUCCGAACAUCCCCCCCAAGAAGCUGAUACUGUGAUCCGGAAUGAUCGUUUGCUCAGCCAAUUGGCACCGCUACGUGCUUUUGGCGAUUUCCGCUACAAAUGGAGCAACGAAAUUAUGGAAAAAUAUGUCGUGUCCAACUAUGGCGAGAACUAUAUGCCACCUAACUACUACACUCCACCCUAUCUGACGGCAAUGCCCGACAUUAUCCAACACCAGCUAACAGCCGAUGAUAAAUUUCUGGUCAUAGCUUCGGAUGGACUUUGGGAUUUCCUUUCGCCAAAUGAGGUCAUUACUUUGGUUGGUGAGCAUUUAUCGUCAAAGAAGUUCUUGGACCCACUUAAGCUGCCUGAUGGUGAUGUGACCUUGGGUCAAAUAUCAGCUAUUCUUGCAAAAAGGAAAGCUGGCCGUCAAAAAAAGCCACUUGAUCAAAAUUCUGCCACUCAUCUAAUACGACAUGCCCUCGGAGGAACAGAUUACGGCAUCGAACACUCGAAGAUCUCAUACUACUUGACCCUGCCACAGGAUGUAGUUCGCCUCUAUCGAGAUGACAUAACAGUCACAGUCAUUUACUUUAAUUCAGAUUACAUCAAACAACUCUCGUAGAUAAAGUGUUAAUCAUUGUAAAAAUCAUAACAAAAAUAGAUUUAUACAAGUUCCCUCGACCCUCGACCCUUGACGAGAUGUUGUUUUUGUUUUUUAUAAAACAAAUGAAAUUUAUGUGUUCCUGCUUGUUUUGUUUUGCCUUCAAAAGAAUAUAUUUUUAAUUUAGUAUUUUUACGCAUGCUUUUAACUUAUUUUGAAAAAAGAAUUAUAUUGUUAUAUUUAGAGAUCAUAUAACCUAAUCUUUUACAUACAUACGAAGUUUAAUGUUUUGUGUUACCUCAACUUGAACGAAAAAAAAAAUUUGUUCUAUAUUUUGAUAUUUUUAUUCAAAUUAUUAGAAUAUUUUUUAUGAUUAUUCGUCCAUAAACAAUGUGCAAAUAAUAAUUAUUAACAGAAAACAAGAAGAAUUAUAAAACGAAACAAAUGAUUGUGCUAAAACAAAAAAGUCAAUUCAAAAAAUAGUUUUUCUCACAAAAAUAAAAGUUAAUUUUAUUACAAAAACAAAAUAAAUUAUUUAUUUCAGAUGAACUUUUAUUAAAAUAAGACAAACAGUAAAGAAAGGAGACGAUAUUUUUACAAAUACAAUUGUUGCCAUUUUCAUGUGUU